GCCACCGGCCCUGCUCAGUCGGCGCGCAGAACUGCUUCAAGGUACACCGUUUGCUCUCGCUUGCGACAAGGCACCCGUUCGCCAUGUCGGACAUUUAUCACCCGUCCGACUAUGUGGUCGAAAAUUCCCAUAUACCGUCGAUGGAAAAGUAUAAAGACUUAUAUAAGAAGUCACUUAAUGAUCCGGAAAAGUUUUGGUCAGAUAUAGUCCAGGAAUUUUACUGGAAUGUUGCGCCUAAAGAAGGAAAUUUUUUGACGUACAACUUUGAUGUGAGGAAAGGAAAGAUUUUCGUCAAUUGUUUGGAUGGCUCCGAGACAAACGUUUGCUUCAACCUGCUGGACCGUAACGUGAGGAACGGCAACGGAGACAAAGUGGCGUUCUACUGGGAAGGCAACCAUCCCGAUGACUACAGCCGCAUCACCUACAAAAAGUUACUGGACCUUGUGUGCCAGUUCUCCAAUGGACUCCGAGACUGCGGCCUCACCAAGGGCGACAGGGUCACCAUCUACAUGCCUAUGAUUCUCGAGACCGUCGUCUGCAUGCUCGCUUGCGCUAGGAUGGGCAUUAUACAUUCUGUUGUGUUCGCAGGAUUUUCGGCUGACUCUUUAGCCGAGCGCAUAGCCGAUUGCCAGUCCAAGGUCAUUGUCACUGUCGACGGCACAUGGCGUGGUGAGAAGCUGCUGGUGUUGAAGAAUACCUGCGAUGAAGCUCUCGACAAGGCCAAACUGAAAUACGAGCAUAACGUGGAUAUGUGUCUGGUGGUCGCACAUCUCCAGAGAGUCACCCCUUGCGGCCCGAUCCCUCGUGACACCAGGCAGCUGGUAAAUUGGAACGACGAGAGAGACGUGUGGUGGCAUGAUCUCGUCGACGGCCAGUCUAACAUUUGCGCUCCAGAAUGGAUGCGAGCUGAAGAUCCGCUGUUCAUGCUUUACACAAGUGGUUCCACCGGGAAGCCUAAGGGCGUGCUGCACACCACCGCGGGAUACAUGCUAUACGCCGCUACCACAUUCCGCUAUGUCUUUGAUUAUGGCGAGAAAGAUAUUUACUGGUGCACUGCUGACAUAGGUUGGAUUACUGGCCACACGUACGUGGUAUACGCGCCCCUCGCCAACGGCGCUACCAGCGUGAUGUUCGAAGGCACCCCGUUCUACCCGGACAAUGACCGCUACUGGUCCAUCAUCGAGAAAUACACAGUGACACAGUUCUACACUGCGCCUACCGCUCUGCGCGCCCUCAUGCGAUUCGGCGAUGAACAUGUCUACAAACAUGAUUUGAAAACACUGCGCGUAUUGGGGAGCGUUGGCGAGCCUAUCAACCCCGAGGCUUGGCUCUGGUACUACCACACCGUCGGCGGCGACCGCUGCUCCAUUGUCGACACCUUCUGGCAGACCGAGACAGGCGGCCACGUGCUGACCAGCCUCCCCGGCGCCACACCAAUGAAGCCAGGUGCCGCUGGAUUCCCAUUCUUCGGAGUGGAGCCAAAGAUUCUGAGCGAGGAAGGGAGGGUGAUUGAGGGCCCCGGUGAAGGCUAUCUAGUAUUCGCGCGCCCCUGGCCCGGCAUCAUGAGGACGCUGUAUGGAGACCACAACCGUUUCGAGAAGGUGUAUUUCAGCAAGUUCCCUGGAUAUUACUGCACCGGUGAUGGUGCCAAGCGCGACAAGGACGGUUUCUUGUGGGUGACUGGCCGCAUCGAUGACAUGCUGAACGUGUCCGGCCACUUGAUGUCAACUGCCGAAGUGGAGAGCGUUCUCACCGAGGACCCCAAGAUCUCCGAAGCCGCGGUCGUCGCCCAGCCGCAUGAGGUGAAAGGCGAAUCGCUGUACUGCUACGUGGUGCUGAACGAGGGCGCCGUGGCGACCACUGAGCUCACCGAUUCACUCAGGAUCAGGGUGCGGCAGAGGAUCGGGGCGUUCGCUGCCCCCGACGUGAUCCACUACACGCCCGGGCUGCCCAAGACCCGCUCCGGCAAGAUCAUGCGGCGGACGAGGAAGAUCGCCGUGGGCGAGAGUGAUAUCGGAGACACGUCCACCCUGGCCGAGCCGUCGGUCAUUGAUGACCUCAUCAAUACCAAACCUUAAGUUAUUAUUUGUUAGCAAGAGGCGUACCGUUUUUCUGUUCCUAUUUGCUUGUAAGGCAUCUCAGUUUUGUGGUUUCCCAGUUUCAACGGCAUCCGUCCGCUACGUUCGUAUUUUGGGUUCUGCGCGGUACGAGUAAUAUUUCU